UCGUUACACCAAACAGCAUGUCGAACAGUGAGCGCAUGAUGGAAUCUGCCCGCAGUUCACAGACAGAAAAUAAUCACACAGUCAUGGAGACAAAGAAGAGCUCGGACCAGGAGAAUGGUCAGACAUGUGACAUAGAAGAGGACAUCACCAGCACUAAUGAAAACAAGGAUGAACCUUUCAAGAAACCGGUGAGUUUUGCAGCCCCGUCUCUGUUGGUGAAGAAAUCAGGUUCAAACUCAGUCAAUAAAGCCACAGAAGAAUUAAACAGCAGCCAGUCAGAGAAUAAAGACAAAGAUCAUGGUACAAAACGUCAGCAGUCAUCUGCACGCCCCACAGACACAAAACCAGACCAAUCAGAUCUUAAAGAUCUUCCACAAGCCAAUACAUCAGAGGCACCACAGAAGACCCAGCCCAAAACAAAAGACAUCAGACCCAAGAUCCCUGCCAAGCUACCACCGUCGGGUAAAUUUCCUCCCCUUCCGUACACUGAACCCCCGUGGGGGUUUGUUCCUGACAUAUCUUACUCAUUUGAGCUGUUGAAAAACGGGGCGAUCCUGGACACGGUCCCGCUGACCCAGAGGAGUUAUUUUGUGGUGGGUCGUCUGCCGGUUUGUGAUGUAUCUCUGGAACAUCCGUCCAUCUCCCGCUAUCACGCUGUUGUGCAGUACCGAGGCAAAGAGGGACAGGACGAGGUCGUGGGAGAGGAGAGAGGGUUUUAUGUCUAUGAUCUGGGCAGCACUCAUGGGACUUUCGUCAAUAAGAACAAGAUUCCUCCUAAAACAUAUAUAAGGGUCCGCGUGGGACAUGUACUUAAGUUUGGGGGAAGCACAAGACUCUUUAUUCUGCAGGGUCCAGAGUUUGAUGAAGAGGCAGAGUCUGAACUGACGGUGACAGAGCUCAGAGAACGGGCCAGGAAGCAGAGAGAAGAGCUGGAGAAGAGAAUGAUGGGUGAUGGCUCAGAUGAGGAAGAGGAGAAAGAGGAAAGUGAAGCCAGUGCUUUAGGAAAAAGUUCAUCAGAAGAUACUGGCUGUUCCUGGGGAAUGGUUGAAGAGGAAGUGCCUGAAGAGGAUGAGAAUGAGGAAAAUCCAUUUGCCAUGGAGUUUCAUGAAGAUCAGGAAGCAGCUUACCUCAAAGAUCCUAAAAAGGCCCUGCAGGGCUUCUAUGACAGAGAAGGGGAAGAACUAGAGUUUGAAUAUGAAGACAAAGCCCAUGGCACCUGGCUCUGCAGAAUCAAGUUGCCAGUGGAUGAUGCUGUGGGAAGGCAGCUGGUGGCUGAAGUGACCCACUCAGGGAAAAAGAAGGAAGCGGCUGUCCAGUGCUGUUUAGAGGCCUGUCGCAUCCUGGAGGCCCGUGGUCUUCUUAGGCAGGAGGCAGUCUCCCGCAAGCGCAAGAAGAAGAACUGGGAGAAUGAAGAUUUUUACGACAGUGAUGAUGACAUAUUCCUGGACCGGACAGGUGCAGUUGAGAAGAAGAGGACUGAACGCAUGAAGAAGGCUGGAAAGAUUCAGGAGCGUCCUGAUACCUAUGAAUCACUGCUGGCUAAACUUGCUGAGGUUGAAAAAGAGCUGACUGACACUGAAAAGAAGCUCAAUUCUUCUGGAAAAGGAAGCUCCAGCUCCUCUUCAGAGGACCCUCUGGAUGCCUUCAUGAGUGCUGUACGGAGCAGUACGGCUCUGGAUGGGGUGGAGAGAAAGAAGCUCCACUUAAAUAUGGCCGAGCUGAAGAAAGAGGGUGAGCGACUGCGUAAACUAGUGGAGCUGACCAAACCUACCCAGCUACCCUCACUGCAGCCCAGCGGAUCUAGUAGUCAGUCUGCAGAGACUGAGAAACCAAAGAAGUUAUCUUUGCCUAUGUUUGGAGCCAUGAAAGGAGGCAGUAAAUUUAAACUGAAGACCGGAACUAUAGGAAAGUUGCCCCCAAAGCAAGCCAGCCUUCCCCCUGAGCUCUUCAACAUGAAGGAGCUGCCCCCUGAAGAAGAGGUGGAAGAAGAGGAGGAAGAAAAAACUGAAAAGACAGAAGAUGUAUUCACAGAUGGUGAUGUGGAGGUUAUUCAGUAUGCAGAGAUGGGAAGUCCUGAACACUCCAAUGCUGACUGUAAGAGACAUGGAAGUCACCUACACCAACCUAACGAGAGGGGAGGCUAUGUGGACCAGCCUGCAAAAAUAUUGACAUCUCAUGGAAAAGAGAAAUCAAAGUCUUCUAAUCUUCAAGACAAAAGUGCCUCUCCUCCAAAAGAGGGAGGAGACAGUGGUGUCACAAAUGUCCAGAGUCCAAAGACAAGUAUGAAGAAGAAAGUUAUUGGACCAAGCAGGCCUCCUGUGACCAUGUCCAAGACGUACCCAGAAGACGACCCCGACUACUGCGUCUGGGUUCCUCCAGCAGGUCAGACUGGUGAUGGUCGGACACAUCUGAACGAUAAGUACGGAUACUGAACAAAGAAAAAGAAGACCAUCCUCACUUAAAUGGAAUUAGCCCAACUCUUCUUCUUGGCAUUGAGAGGAAGGAUAUACUGUAUAUAUAUCAAUAUCAUCUUGUUUAUCUCACAGAAAGAUUCGGUGUCUCCUAUUAAGGAACUUUUUGACAAGAUCUUUCUAGCACUUGGUAUUGAAACAGAUAUUUUUAAGCAUUUGUCAUCCUUUGAUGUUCUCCCUUAUUUUCAGUAAACUGCACUUGGUUGCCAAGCAAGCGUCUAGGUCCUAGGUUGGAUGGGUAUUGGUUUGAAGUGGUGGUUGCAUGGAAGAAAAGGUGAUUAAAUGUUCAUGGUUGUUUUCAGACACUCUUAAUUGGCUCUUCUCCAUGCUAGCACUGGUUCUCUGUGGGAGUUAGCAUAACAAACACAGUUUUACUGGUCCAGAAAUAAUCCUGAUUUCUUAAACUUCUUAUGUUUAGGAGUUUCUGUUUGUUUACCAAACAGGAAUAUGUUUGCCCUUUACAACAGCUCACUUCAAAAUUUAACUGCUUCAAGGCAUCAUGAACGCCCAUGUCAGACCAUUGUAGUUGAAACACUGCAUCAUUAAAUGCCUUGGUCAUGUUGUCGACAAAUCAUUAUCCACAGCGUGCUGUUCUGGGAUCAGUUUAACAGGCUCAGUGACCGCUCAAUCUGCUGUUCUGGGUCACUCUCUGAGAAACACUGGAGUCCUUCCUUAGUUUGGCUGGGCUGCCACACUCCUUAUGGCAAGCACUCAUGUUGGAUGCAGUUCUGUUGACUGCUAACAAUACCUCCUCAGAAAGAUGUGGCUUUACCAGCCAUCUAUACACUUGCCCGGCAUUUUGCAAUUGGGAGCGAGCUGUUAAUGAAUCAGAAAGGGAGUGAGAGUGAGCUCUGUGCUGUGUGUGUGUGUGUGUGUAUUCUAUUGAUCUUAAUGAAGAGUGACUCAGUGUUGGGAAUGUGUGUGUGUGUGUGUGUGUGUGUGUGUGUGUGUGUGUGUGUGUGUGUGUGUGUGUGUGUGUGUGUGUGUGAUGGCGUGUACAAGGAAGGAUUAGAGCCCCCCCACAUAGGCUACUACUCACUAGUUUCUCCUCUGUUUAUCAAACCCUUUCACUCACCUUGAAUUCUCAAUUUUAGAAGAGAACGGUUUGCCCCAUACAUAUUGUUUAUUUUACAAAAGAUAAGUAACAAAAUACACAUUUAUGUUGUCUCUCACUAAGACUGGGUCUUGUUUUGUGUUUGGGGUCUUUUAAGAAAUUUGACAUAUUCAAAGUAUGUAUUAUCAUGCAUCUAGGUACACUCAAUUUAACCCAUUUCUUAACUACCGUAAUUGGCAUCAAACUCUUAAAAUACACAAUGAACUGCUAUCCAGAUUCUUUAUUUAUGAUGUGAUAUUAUGUGUGAUGUUCUAGGUUCAAUACUAGUUAAUUUCAAGAGAGCAACAGUGCCUACAAACAUUUUGAGCCAUUUUGGUUUGAAGUGUUUUUCCAAUUUAUGUCUUAUAACAGAUUUCAUUAAAGAGUUCUAAGCCAUGAACCAAACCUACCAGCGCAGAUGUGACAUUACAAACUUAGAAGCAAAAACAUAUUUGAAAAUCUGACAAAAAGACUAAGGUACAAGACCAUGAAGCAUUGCAAAUGAUGCAGUCUAAUUAAAAACGAUGGAUGGUUAUAAAAUGGUUGAUUUGAAGGUGUUUAUUAAAAGUACAGAAAUUAUAUACAUGUAUAUUUGCAAAUAUCUGAAUAUUUUGCAAUAAAAUCAAAGUAGUUUGAGAGUGUAGGGAGAUCGACUCAGUUGCGUCAUUCGCAGUACGUCAUGAGAGUAGGUGGUUUCUGCAGUUUGUUUGGUGUGCUUUGUUCGUUGCAAUUCUCUGAUUGGUGGACUGUUUGCUUUCAGGAUCAUGGGAAGUGUAGUUUACCAAAAAUUGCGGCAUUUAACAUGAAUUUGUAAAAAGGAAGAUGAAAUAACGUGGACUGAUGGCUUCAACAGAAGCAUGUACCAUCAAUUAAUAACCUUGGAGUUCAUGGUAGGUCUACAUUUAUAGGUUUAUAAGUCAGCAUAAAAAAAAUUAUUUGGUCUGUGGAAAAAAAAACAAAUGGUAUUUUGGGUCUGUUGCUCUGUUACCACAAAAAAACUUGACUCAUCACUCAGUUUGUGAAAACAAACACAAAUUUUGUUUACAUUACAAAGGAAAUCUAUGGAGCAAGACAUUAUGGGAGUUUAAAAACAGAAAUAUGCAGGACAGGUUUUUGUUAAAGUGGUUAUAUUAAUUCCUCCGUUGUCUAAAUCGUCCUUUUGAGGUAGGUCUUGUUUUUAGGUGAAUGGCCUAAUAGAUAUGUAAUGCUGACAUAAUUCCUGUGGCUAGAGUUUGCCCCAUGUAAACUCCAUGUAUCCUGUUACUUGGUUUACCAACUUUACAUGGUUAUGACUGGAGUUGAAAAUUAGAUACUUUAUUUUUUUUGUUUUAAUUCAUUUAUGCAGGUUAUAUUCUGUAGUAAUCAACAGCAUGUCACAUACAUUAAAACCACCUGCCUAAUAUUGUGCAAGUCCCCCUUGUGCCACCAAAACUGCGCCAACCCGCAUUUCAGAAUAGCAUUCGGAGAUGUUAUUCUUCUCACCACAAUUGUACA